AUGAACGCAGCCCAGGGCAAGUACCUGCGGUACAUCCUCUUCGCGAUUUUGGGACUCGCUAUCAUACAUUUUAUCACUUCUUCGUCGCUGCCGAUUCCCAAGGCAGGUGAUCUUGGUCUAUCCUAUCCCAGGCCCGGCCAACAAACCAGCUCAUCUCCAACCGAGGAGGAGAAACCCCCCAAACAAGAUGCUUCCAACCCAGUUACUCCUCCUACUCCGCCCGCUGGGAACGCCCCCGGCCCGGGUUACGAAAAGGUGAAUGCCACAUUUGUUACAUUGGCACGGAACUCAGAUUUAUGGGAAAUUGCAAAAUCCAUUCGUCAGGUAGAAGACCGCUUCAACAAGGACUAUCACUACGACUGGGUGUUCUUGAACGAUGCAGAAUUCUCGGAUGAAUUCAAGAAGUUUACUACCAGGCUAGUCUCCGGAAAAACCCACUACGGCCUCAUUCCAAAGGAGCACUGGUCAUACCCGAGUUGGAUCGAUCAGAAUAAGGCAGCGGAAGUGAGAAAGACCAUGAAACAGAAGGAGAUUAUUUACGGAGAUUCUGAGAGCUACAGGCAUAUGUGCCGCUACGAGUCUGGCUUCUUCUUUCGUCAUGAACUCAUGAUGCAGUAUGACUACUACUGGCGUGUUGAGCCCAGCAUCGAAUACUUCUGCGACAUCCACAUUGACCCGUUCAAGUUCAUGAAGGACAACAACAAGAAGUACAGUUUUGUCAUCAGCUUGCCAGAGUACCCGGGGACCAUCGAGACCCUGUGGCAGAGCACCAAAAAAUUCAUUGCCCAGUACCCGGAGCAUAUCGCCAAGAACAAUAAUCUCGAGUUCAUUAGCGCUGAUGGUGGCAAAACAUAUAACAAUUGCCAUUUCUGGUCUAACUUUGAAGUUGGUGACUUGAACUUCUUCCGAUCUCAAAAAUACCUUGACUUUUUCAACCUCCUCGAUCAGGAUGGCGGCUUUUUCUAUGAAAGAUGGGGUGAUGCCCCCGUUCAUAGCAUUGCGGUCUCCCUGAUGCUAAACAAAGACGAGAUACACUUCUUCAAUGACAUCGCAUACAGGCAUGUUCCAUUCGUCCACUGUCCUACUGGAGAACAGACCAGACUAGAUCUGAAGUGCCAUUGCAACCCGGGUGACAAUUUUACCUGGAAGUCGUAUUCAUGCACAUCUCGUUUCUUCGACACAAACAAGAUGAGCAAACCAACCGGCUGGGAAGCCGAGAGUCACUAA